UGGAAGAGAAAGACACCGGACUAAGUAAAUAACUAAUAAGCUGGUUUCAGACAUUUAAUAAAAUGUCAAAUUCAAAGAUGACAAAAGGUUCGGAUCCCCUCAAAACCAAACAGCUACCUUUGAGCAACAAGGUAAAUGGCACCUUGUACUGCCAUUAUGAACAAAAAGUGCGCCCCUAUAUUGAUCUUAUUGACUCUCUGAGAUCACUGGGUGUGGACCAGGAUCUGCCUCUACCAUCUAUUGCUGUGAUAGGAGACCAAAGUUCUGGAAAAAGUUCAGUUCUUGAGGCCCUAUCUGGUGUGUCGUUACCUCGAGGAUCUGGAAUUGUCACACGAUGUCCACUUGAAUUGAAAAUGAAGAAGAUAAGAGCUGGAGAACCAUGGAAAGGGAAACUUAAAUACAGAGACAAUGAAAUGGAUCUAAAUGAACCUCAUAGUGUAGAGCAAGAAAUUGUAAAAGCUCAGAAUAUUAUGGCUGGUACUGGAUCAAGUAUUAGUUCCGAACUAAUAAGCUUAAAAAUUGAAUCCAGUGAAGUACCUGAUCUUACCCUCAUUGACCUUCCAGGAAUUGCAAGAGUGGCUGUUGGCAACCAACCCAAAGACAUUGGUGAACGGAUUAAAGGUUUAAUCCAGACAUUCAUAAAAAAACAAGAGACAAUUAAUCUGGUUGUUGUGCCCAGUAAUGUUGAUAUAGCAACUACAGAGGCUUUAAAAAUGGCGAAGGAAUUUGAUCCUACGGGACAACGGACACUGGGCAUCUUGACCAAACCAGAUUUGAUUGACAAGGGAAAUGAAGAAAAUAUAGUGGAUAUCGUUCGCAAUCUUGUUAUUGAGCUGAAGAAGGGAUACAUGAUUGUGAAGUGUCGCGGACAACAAGAUAUUAAAAAAAAACUUUCCCUGGAAGAGGCAAUCCAAAAUGAAAGAGUCUUUUUUGAACAGCAUUCAUAUUUUAGCCCUCUUCUUGAUGAUAUGAAAGCGACAAUUCCACUUUUGGCUGAAAAAUUAACAAAUGAGUUGGUGGAACACAUUUCUGAAUCACUUCCUAGUCUUCAAAAACAAAUUGAAGUUAAACUUCAAGAGACAAAUACAGAACUGAAAAAGUAUGGCAAGCCAGUUCCAGAGGAAGACGAAGAGAAGCUCACUUUCCUAGUUGAAAAGCUCCAAAGCUAUUAUGAUAUCAUUUCAAGUAUAAUCAAAGGGGAAGAAAAGAGUCAAGACCAAGAAAGCAAAAUUUUCAAUCAGGUGCGAGAGAAGUUUGAAAACUGGAAAAGAUGUUUGGAUUCUAUCUCUUUAAACUUGGAAGUUGGUGAUUUGGAUAUGAAAAACUCCAUUAAGAAAAACAGAGGAAAAGAGCUUCCGGGAUUCAUCAAUUAUUCAACUUUCGAGAAAUUUAUGAAGGAACAUAUUGAAAAGGCUGAAGCUCCCUCCAUUCAGUUACUAUUUGCUAUUGCAGAGCUAAUGCGUUCAGCAUUUACAAAGACUGCAAAGGCUUACUUCGAAAAUUACCCAAACUUACUUCGAGCUAUAAAGUGCUUGAUUGAAGAUAUUCUAAAAAAAGAAUCCCAUGAAGCUGAAAAGAUGUUGUAUUCUCAGUUUAAUAUGGAAAGAAUUAUUUUUUCACAAGAUGUAAUUUACAGUAAAGUACUUUCUACAUUGAAGUCUAAGCCAAGGCUUCCACAAGAUGCUGAUGUAUCUGUGAUGAAAGAUCAUUUGAAUACUUACUUUGAGAUUGCUUCUGAUCGGCUGGCAAACCAGAUUCCUUUGAUCAUUCUGUACCAUACUGUUAACCAGUUUGGGACUGAGCUGCAAAAACAGAUACUGCAGCUCAUUCAAGGGGACAAGAACGUUAAUGAGCUGCUUUCAGAGAACAAAGAUGUUGCAGAGAAAAGGAAUCGCCUGAGCAAGCGACUGGAACGGCUUAGCGAAGCCCAGGAGCAACUGAAUAAAUUUAGCGUUUAGGUUGUGAUACUUUAAUAUUCCUAAAAUGCGGGCAUUUUCUUAAUUGUGUCCUUCAUAGAAGUAGUAUUUUAUUUAAAAUAUUUAAUCUGAUUAAAUCAUAACUUAAAUAGUGACUGAAAAGACCACCUCCAGUAAACACUUUAUGUUGAGCAAUCAGCAAUUACUGUAUACUUAACAGCAAAGUUCUAGAUAUUAAAGGUUUUAAUACUUAUAUCUUAAAAGUGAUCAUUCUUAAACUGAAAAUAUAAUUUUACUGAUGUAAUACAUUAUUGGGUUAAUAAAGUGCCAGGGGCAUUUUCACUUUU